CAAGAUGGCGACGUCACAACCACCAAGGAGCAGACGACUGAAGGGGGAGUAACUCUCACAUCUUGUGGACAUGGCGUCUGACGACGUGCUGUAUGGGUUAGCUAUAUCGUCGUCUGUUGGAGCAGGGUUAAUUUUUCGCAGGAUUCAAGGAGAAGAAAACAGAAGACUUCUUUCCACUGCUAUUGGGUUUAUACUUCUCGUUUUCCUCUGUGGUUACGACAUCGUCCAUCUUCUUAUCGCAGUCCUAGGGAACUUCCUGAUUUUGUGUGUUCCCCGGCUAAACAAUCAGUGUCAUGUUUUCGGUUUUGUCUGGAACUUUGGAUACUUGGUAGUAUUCCGCACUGUCCACUAUUUUGGUAUCCCUGCUCCAUCAGCUAUCACAAAUGCAGCCCAGCUGUUUCUUACUUUGCGUAUGACAGGAUUAGGCUUUGACAUCCAUGAUAGUCGUAGCUUACACAAAAUAUCAGAAUCUGCUGGGGAUAAUGAAAGGCAAGAGAAGGCUGAAGAUGAGCAGCUCUCAGUAAAAUAUACCUCCAUUAAUCCAAGCUUGAAGGAUGUGGGCUGCUUUGCUUUCUGUUACAUUGGGUCUUUGACAGGUCCGUUUUACAAAUACCAUAUCUACCAGGACUGGUUACGACAAGAGAACCCAGAUGAAAUCUCACUGCUUAAACCAUUUCUUGCCAAGGCUAAGAACCUGCCUUUCAUUGCUGUUGCAUACCUGGUCUUCUCUUUCUUCUUCAACAUCAAGUAUGUGGAAACAGAUGCAUUCUAUGACAAUCCUUUCUGGUUUCGGCUGUUCUACAUGGUUCCAAUGUUUACCAUCUUCCGUACCCGACUGUAUACAGCUUGGCUGCUUUCUGAAUGCAUGUGCAUAACUGCUGGCUUUGGAGCAUACCCCAGAGAAGCAGAGGCAAAGUGUGGCACUGGGCCAACAAAUCUGAAGGCAUUGGAUCAGAGUUUGAAAAACAAAAGUAAAGAGAGAGCUGAAUAUGAUUUCGAGACUGUACACAGCAUAGACCUAUGGGGCUGUGAGCUGGCUCCCACAACAAAACAAGGCCUGCGUAGUUGGAAUAUGACUGUCCAGUAUUGGCUUGCUACAUACAUACACCGUCGUGUACCACCAGCACUCAAAGCCUACAGGGUAUCCAUCACAAUGGCUGUGAGCGCUUUUUGGCAUGGCAUCCAUCCAGGGUACUACUUGAGCUUUCUCACUGUGCCUCCCAUCCUGAUGGCAGAGGAAGCUAUGAUAGCUGCAUUUAGAGAUGGUGCCAGCCCUUGGCAACAGCAGAUGUUUGACUGGACCUGUUGGUUCUUUAAAAUGAGAGGAUUUGACUACAUGUGCAUGGGAUUCCUGUUACUGAAGCUGGGCUCAACUCUACGCUACUGGCAAUCAGUUUAUUUUAUUGGCCACUUGGUUACACUUGCAUUUUUCAUUAUCGGAACAGUAACAAAACAGAUGAAACCAAAAGAAAGAAAGGAGUGACAUUCCUUCUUUAUUUAUUUAAGUUAAAACUAAUAGUAUUCUAAAUGUUUUCCACAGAAAUGUUCUACAUUUUUCUUGCUGUUUAGAGAAAUUUUAUUUGGUUCAGAGAUUUAAAUACAGGUUUUCAUUCUAUGGAUGAUGGUAAAAGUUGUCAAUUACUGGAAAUGCUAUUUCUAAGUGGCUACUUACAGGAUGGGUUUUUUCCCAUGAUCAAACCACAUGUCAUAGUCAAAUUUCAAGUUUUAGAUGCUAAUAACUGUUAAAAUACUUUAAAUAUUCGUGUACUUUUCUUUCUCUGUCAUGAAGGUUAAUUUAUUAUAAAUUUUAAAUUUCUUUUAAUGUUAUUUCAACAAGUAUACUCACUUGGUAUAAAGCUGGUGCUAAAUAUUUACUUGAAGAUUCAUGCACAAGAUAUAUUGACAGAAGAUGAGUAUGCAAAUUAUUCCUCAUUUCAAUGAGAAAAGCUUUUAGCAGAUUAUUCCCCUACUCUAUUCCAGAAAUGAAAGAAUUGUUAGCUAGGACUGGCUGGUACCUGAAUAAUAUUGUUAUUAACAUUAUGACAAUCAAUACUAAAGGGGCCUAGAAAAGGAUUGUUUAUGUGAAAUCUAAUACUUUUAUGUACAGUACAGAUCCUGCAGUCUUCUCAUUAGGUGCUUAACAGGCACAAAAGCAAUUGUUCCAAAAAUUAUUUUAGCAGAAGCUCUACACUACCACUACAUAGUCGUGGUUUAGUAAUGUUGAUUUCCAAAGGGAAAUUAAAAACACUUUGAAAGAUAUUGUCAUGUGCGAGAAAGAUUAAAACAUAUCGGAAUGAACACCCACAUUAAUAGACUGUGAAGGAUGUCAUUGAAUCACAGAACCCCAUGAGGGGCUGAUUGAGCUCAGGUUUAUGACUCUUUCAUAUUUUUUUACUUUUUCAUUACAGUUUCUUCUCUUCUGUCUCCUAUUUAUCAGGAGCGUACCUCAAUAAUUUUCUCUUUAACAUAACAAAUCUAUAAAUUCAUACCUUUACAAUCUAGCACUAGUCUUUACAUUUUCAUUGCAUCUGUGCCUGAUUUUUGUGAACUUUGUAUUAGACUGUCCAGAGGUGUUUAUUAAUGAAAGGAUAGUUUGUUCAGGGUAAGCUGUGCUAGAGCAAGCUUCAUCUCAAUACUGCUUGAUGCCUCCCAGGCAGUUCUUUGUAAUCCAAGGUGCUACAUGGUGUAAUUUUUAACUUGGACUUCUAUUUUUUGUACUCUCUGUUAUGUUCUUUCUGCAUGCUUAGUUACUAUUUUCUGUAUAAAAUUUCAUGACCCUUUCAUUGUACAUUUUCCGCCAAUAAAAAAAAAAAUGUUCUUUCAGUUUGUGUCCAUUUACAUUGAUUUUAGUUUUCAUUUGAAAAUACAUAAAGAGAAAGUCAAAACUUGAGAAACAAAGGGGACCAACAGAAAAGAAUAUGAUCAAAGAAAAGAAAAGCGUUUGGCAAAAAAGUAGUUUAUGGUUUAUGAAGUUUAGCUUAGCUGACAGCAGCAUUAACUAAAGAAUAAUAAUGAAAAUUAGGGUUAAUAAACUGAGUAAAAUCAA